AUGGGUGAUGGAAGAAGGCGGCGUGGAGAGUCCUUCGGCCAAACGGAGGAUACCGUAACCUCUGAAACAAAUAGCCGCACUGACUUAGACGAGCGCGGCGCAGCGCAGAAACGGCGCUCCAGCGAAUCCGACCGGCCGUUCUUCUGUGGGGAGUGCGGCAAGCAGUUCCGUCGCGCGUCCACCCUAUCCACCCACCUGCUCAUCCACUCGGACACCCGGCCCUACCCGUGCCACUUUUGCGGGAAGCGCUUCCACCAAAAGUCCGACAUGAAGAAGCACACCUUCAUCCACACUGUGUUUUGA